AUGACUUGUUACUUUGUCUUGCUGGGUGUCUUGGGGUUGCGGGAAAGCGGGAAAGCGGGAAAGCGGCAGGAGCUCGCAGUUGCUUUACGUGCCUACCUGAGAUUCUACUUGAUACCCGAAAGCGAUGUUGAUGUUCUCUUUUCAGUUAGGACCAAUUCAUAUUCCGUUUCCAUCUUUCAUGUUCGAUCAUGUUUGUAUCCAUUCGAAUUAGACGACUAUCAAGAUAUAUACUUGGUGGCGUUGGUGGUCCGGCUCUGA